GCGACAACCACAAGGGAAACCACUCGACUCCUCAACGCCCGCCACCGACAUGUCGCUAUUCAGUGGCCUUGGAGGAGCCCAGCCCGCGGCGAGCGGCACAUCGACAUCGACGCCGGGUACCAGCUCGCUGUUUGGCGGUGCACAAAACACAGCGUCGGGGACAACAUCGAGCUUGUUUGGCGCCUCAACGGCCGCGUCUGGCAGCGCUCCGCCAGCAAGCAGCGGAGGAGGCCUGGGGCUGGGAGGGAGCCUGUUUGGCGGCGCCCUGGGGGGAGCACCCAAGCCCGCGGCCACGUCGACGCCCUCGCUCUUCGGCGCGGCAUCGACAUCGGCGGCGACGGCGCAACCGCAAACACAAACGAGCGGCUUCUCGUUGUUUUCCCAGCCGCCAGCUGCCCAGCCACCGCAAACGGGCGGCCUCGGACAGCCCUCGCUCUUCGGUGGCGCCUCGACACAGCAGCAACAGCCACCACAACAGCAGCAGCAGCAGCAGCAGCAGGACGCGUCGCUGUCGCAGUCAGCCGCCGGCACGGGGCGCUCGGCCCACUUCGACCACCUGCUCGAGCGCGGGCGCAAACGCAAUGCGGGCGAGAACGGCUUUGGCAGCUUCGACGAGCUGCCGUCGCUGCAGCUGGGCCUGGGGGAUAUUGCCCGGAAGGUGCGCAACCUGGGCGUCGGCGGCCCCUCGGCGGACCAGGCCCAGGACCGCGCUGCCCACUACCUGCUCUCCGCCUCGGGCGUCAAGAUGGGCAGCACCCUGCGCGACCUGAACCAAUUCUCCACCCAAGCCGGCCUCAGCGCCGCCGGGCCCUCGCAGUCCUUCCUGGACACGGACGUCGACGGCUACGUCUCGAACCUGCACUCGCAGUCCACCCUGGCCCUCAUACAGGAGGGCUUGGAGCAGUCCAAGCGCGACUUCGACACCUUCCUCGAGGACAACGUCCAGAUUGAGUGGGACAAGCAGCGACAGAAGAUCUACGAGCACUUUGGUCUGGGCAGGCAGAGCGAGGAACUGGCCGCAUUGCAGACCGCCUUUGGCAGCACGGCGCGAGGUGCGUUUGGGCGCUCAACACGCAAGGGCCGCUCAAUGGGUCCCAAGGGUGCAUCUGUCAAUGGCGCAUCAACAUUCGGCGCAUCUGCAGGAGGACCCCCCGUCAUUGGGCUUUCUCAGAGCGUGCUUGGCGGACGCGAUGCGCUCGAGAAGUCUGUACUCGGUGGACAGGCCGGCCCUCAGGACCGAUAUGUCCGCGACAAGCAGGAAAAGUUCAUGGAGGAAGUCAAGAGGCUCAACGAUGCGAGACAACGGGACGACACUUCUUCGGUUCUGCAUGCCUUUGCUAGCGUGGAGAAGGCUGCGAAUGGCGAGUACUCGGACCACUUCAUCAGCGCGUACGGAGCCCUCAUCUCCAUUACAGGCGAGGCGACUGAGCUGGACGCAUCCACGCCGGGGUCCAAGACUCCAAAGGCAAGAAGCUUCGCUAAGGACUACCUGGACGACCAACCCAAUUCUGCCUCGAGCGUCCGCAUGCGCAAACGCAUACUGGACGGAUCGCGGAAAUACCUGGAGAGCAAGUUCUUGGAUCAUGUAGAAGAAGUGCUGAAGAAGAAUCCCACAGAGGCGCUUGUUGGCGGUAUACCAUCACUACUCAACAAGAUGCGCGGCUUCGUGCGAGCCAAGGUAGCCUUCAAGGAGCUUGGUGCCGAUACUGAGCUGUUCCAGAGGAUAGGCGACACUGGCGAGGAAUAUCCCUGGGUUAUUGUCUUCUACCUGCUCAGAGCCGGCCUCCUGACAGAGGCGGCCGAGUAUGUCCGCGAGAAGAGGAAUUUCUUCCAGAACAACGACCGCAACUUCCAAGCAGCCAUAACACACUACGCCACUGAUCCAGAACGCAGGCUCACCCCAGAACUGCACCAAAAGAUCAGCCACGUGCAUGCUCAGCGCUCCAGGAUCGCGACUGCUAACGAUCCAUACCGGACGGCUUGCUACAAGAUUGUUGGUCGUUGCGAGAUGAGUCGCCGGAAUCUGGAGCCGAUCAGAGAAACCAUGGACGACUGGGUAUGGCUGCAGUUCAAUCUUGCACGCGAGGGCAAUCGAGCCGAGGAGAACGCUGGUGAGAUAUUUGGUCUGGAAGAGCUCCGAACAACGAUCAAGGAGAUUGGCCAGCGUCAUUUCAUGAACGACGAAACGGAAGCCGCGGGCGGGUACGGCGUGUACUUUUACCUUGCUACGCUGGCGGGUAUGUUCGAACCGGCCAUCAACUACCUCUACCAGCACAACUACGUCUCCGCUGUUCACUUUGCCAUUGCCUUGGAUUACUACGGUCUCCUGAGGGUUUCGGAGUGGACUACUGCGGGCUCGGAGAUCUUGACCUACACUACUCGACAACAGCCGCAGCUGAACUUUGGACGCGUGAUUGGUUACUACACCAGCGACUUCCGUUCUGCUCGAGCUGAUGCUGCGGCUGACUAUCUGGUCUUGAUCUGCUUGAAUGCGGAUCUUCCUGGUGAAGCAGGCAAGCAACAGGCAGAGCUCUGCCAUGAAGCGCUCCGUGAGCUUGUGCUCGAAACGCGUGAAUUCUCUACGCUGCUGGGCGAUGUCAGGUCUAAUGGCCAGACGACACUGGGUCUCAUUCAGGAGCGCGUACCACUACUGAAGCUCCAGGGUGAGAACGGUCUGCUCAACACCAUCACUCGCGAGGCUGCGAAGAUGGCGGACGACAACGGGCGCACCAACGACGCCGUUCUCCUCUGUCACCUUGCAGGCGAGUACGACAGCGUCGUCGCGAUCCUGAACCGCGCUCUCGCCGAGGCUCUCUCAGUGGAACUCGGACAAGAACCACUCCGUCUCGAGCCCCUGAAGCCACGCUUAACGCCUGCAGAUAUCCAACAGCAGCAGCAGCAACAAGCCUCCAGCCUCAACUCCUCAAGCCUCAGCAUGCUCGGCACAGACGACCCCGUCGAACUCGCACAACAGGUCAUCGCGCUGUACAACGCAAACGGCCUGUGGUGGAAGAAGGUCUCGCAAAUCAACCGCGACACAUUGGGUGUAUUAUUCCAGCUCAACAACGCCAAGAAGACAAUCGAAUCACGCUCGUACAUAGAAGCCCUCGACCGCAUCGAAUCCCUCCGCGUCCUCCCCCUCUCCGCCCACGGCAACCUAAGCGAAAUCCGCGCCUCGGCAAACAACUUCUCCAGCUACCCCCCCGAGAUCGCGCGCAACAUCGGAAACGUCCUGCUCUGGUGCAUCGGCUGCUGCUCGCGCCACCGCGAGCACUUGUUGUCGGGCCAGUUUGACGACCCUGUGCGUAGGGAGCUUGCUGAGCAGCUGCUGCAGAAGGCGAAGGAUUUGAUGGUCUUUGCGGGCCUGAUUAGGUAUAAAUUGCCGCCUAGGGUGUUUGAGACGCUUGCUAGGGAGGGGCAGGAUGUUGGCGCUUAUUAGGUUUAUGCUAGGG